AUGGAGUCUCCCGCAGAGCGCCGCCGCCGCCGCCGUAGAGUCCCGGAUGCAAUUCGAAAGCGGGCACCCCGGGCGUGUGAUCGAUGUAAGGCACGCAAGAACAAAUGUAUCGAAACUCCUUCUGGUGUAUGUGUGCGAUGUACUGAGGGAUCUCAUCCAUGCCGCUUCGAACGGGAGCGUAGCCCAGCUGGUGAAGAACAUGAGGCCUCGACUUCGACAAUAACUUCAAUAACCGCGGGCACAAGAUCUAUCGGCAUUCCAGAGCGAGAGUCGAAUCGGACAAACAACGAUGUCUCUUUUACUCUCAAUACACCUUUGGGUCAAAGCAUGAACGACGAGUUCUCUCCCGCAGAUAGCGCGCCUUCAGAAGCCUUCAUGUGGCCGCGCUUCCUAUCCCGUCUACGGGAUGCCUUUUGUCUCGACUCACAGCCACCAUCGGGAGAUCAGGAUCUGGCAAGCCUGCAGCCUCGAAUAUCGGUUACAUAUCCAGCUGAUCCUGCCGAGCGUAGGCGCAUCAAGAGAGCAGUGAAGAGCUUUCCCCCGCGCGGUGUCGCCGACUUUCUGGUGUCGGUUUGCAUCGCUUACGGGACCGAUAUUUUCUUCUACCUUGACCAGAGCCACUUCAUGGCAGAACUCGAUCAACUGUAUAAUGACGAACAGUCGACUUUGAGAGAAGAUGCCGGUUUUGUUUGUCUUGUCUUGGCAGUCUUCGCGCUAGGGAGCCAGUGGACAGCGCUGGCAAGACCGGAAGACCCGAGCAGUGCAGCCUCGACGGAAGAUCGGAGCGUUGAUCCUGGCCGGAUAUUCUACAAUCAGGCUCGCAUUUUGAUCUCUGAUCUACUAGACCGGCCUUGCAUCAAGUCAGUUCAAGCGACUUUCAUUCUGGGCGUUUACCUAAUGCCGGCCAGCGCCAUCAGUGCCUCCUAUGUGUACAUGGGAUUAGCACUGCGAAAGGCUCUGGCUAUUGGGCUCCACCAAGAACCUGACGACCCCUCUUUGACCGAGGACGAGAAGGAAACCAGACGGAGGCUCUGGUGGUCGAUUUACUCCCUUGAAAGAACGGUCACCAUCAAGCUCAAUCGACCGCGAUCCGUAGACCAGGAGAUCAUCACAGCGGGUCUGCCGAAACCAACUUCACGGGACGCGUCUCAGAAGUUUGACAACUUACAGCAUCAAAUAGCAAAUGCAGCGUUCGUCAGAAUCAUUGACAAGCUUUCAGAGCCUGGGUCAGUUGACUUGAGUAGUCCUAAACAAUGCCCCAAGGCUAAUGUGCUCAGCAGAGGAUGGUCGAAUACCAAUCAUUCGCACACAGGAGCUUUAAGACGUCCCACAGAUGCCCAAAUAUCUCUAAAGGCAUGGAAAAAGGGGCUCCCGUCAUCACUCAAGCUGCAAAAUGUCGAUCCAAAGUCAUCCAGCUAUCGCGCCGUUUUCCACCUGCACCUCAACUACUACUUCGCCUGGAUCGACAUGGGCAAGGUCUCCGUGGUGACUGUUGUCCGCGCUCGUCUGCAAACGAUUUUCCACGCAAGCGCCGGUCAAUCCGAUGUGCCUAGAGACGUAGAGCAGUCCUCAGAAGCAUGCAUCAAAGCAGCCAAGAAGAUGCUGGAACUUUUCGAGGGCCUUUGUCGCGGGGGCAAUAUGGCGCGGUUCUCCUUCACAGACUUCCAAGGAUGCAGCAUUGCCACGAUUAUCGUCCUCCUUGCCGGAAUCCUGGACCGUGAUUCUGGGUACGAGGGGCGGGUGGCUUUUGGACUUGACUGUCUCCGCAAGAUGUCCAGCUUCGGGAACACGACAGCAAAGAUGGGAGUCCGCUUCGUUGAGGCCCUACAGUUCAUCACGAAUGAAGCUAGGUCCAAGCUGGUGAUGGCUCGGAGAAGAGAGAUGAGUCAGGCUCAAGAAGCCUCAUCAGGACAGGCAGAGGGCUAUGGACGAUGGGCAGAAUGGCUGGCGACUGCUGAGGUGGUUGGCAGCCCUUCGAGCGACGAGUCCGAUCUCGAGGGGGAGCAGUCGGGGCAGCCGCCGGCUCCUGCUCAUGGCCCAUUGAUAUCACCAGACAUCAUGCUCUCGUCUCCAUGGGAAGAAGCAGCAGCUCUCCAGUUACAAGAGAUGUCAGCCUCGAGUUUCGGCAUGCCAGCGCCGGAAGGGGUGGCAGCUGAUGAAACCACGUUGAUGCCCUUGCCCACGGGAGAAGAAGCCUGGCUGCCAUCUUUUGCAUGGAAUGAUGACCAGAUGUACUUGAUGGGUUUGACUGGUAUGGAUGGACUAGACUUCAUGGGAGGGAUUUCAUAG